AUGCAAGCCUUCUCUGGUGGUAGUAGAUGGGAAAAAAGCAGUGGCGACGAGGAUUCGGAGAAGGAGGAGGUGCAAGUUGUCGGUCGAGCGACAAGUGCCGCCGCUGGUUAUGGUACCGACAGCGGCAGCGGCGGCGGCGGCAGCGGUAGCGCAUCGGUGCCUCUGCACUCCAACAUCGCGCUGGUGGCACCAUUUCUGCAGCUGGUUGACCUUCUCCUAGCAGCAGUGCCUCUGCACGCCAACGUAAGCCUGACCAAACGGAGGAAGUCCCAGGCGAAGGCCGCGACGGCGGCGGGCAAAAAGUUCAGCAGUCGGGGAGCUGUCUCCAAGAGAACCCCCAAGAAAGAAGUCCAGGUGUCCGUCCUUGACCGGAUCAAAAAGUACCCGAACGAAACCUUGUACCACACGUCUCGCACUGGGACGCUGGAGUGCCGAGCGUGCUUCGGCAAGGAAAUCAAGAAUUUCAGGUACCGGGUGGACGCCCACAUCAACGGGAACAAGCACAAGGAAAGAGUGGCGAGCACGCUGGCGACGGACGACGAGGACGAGAAUUUGCUCCGCGCGUGUCUCAAGCGCUCCGAAGAGCAAGGAGGGACUUACGGAGACUCGCUGUCAGAGAAGGGCAAGCUCACACAGAUCAAGGCGGUGAAGGGUUGUUUGGCGGCAGGUGUUCCGCUGAACGCGCUGGGCAACCCUGUGUUCGAGACGUUUCUCGCGCACGUCAACGUGAACUUGCCAAGCUCCGGGCAUCUGGCUGAACACAUACCUUUUAUCCUGGAGGAGGAGCUGUGCACCCCGGAGUUGUAUACGUUCCGUGGCAAGAUGCACACCCUGCUCUCGCACAGCGAUGGAGCGAAGGCGCUCUUCAAAGUGAAAGUCGGAGUCCGCGCCCCAUCGACGCCUGGACACCGGUGGGGCUCCAGAUUCGAUCGUGGCUGCAUCAUUGCCAUGAAUUGGCCGGGAGUGUUGAAGUUCAUCGCCGCCUACGAGAGUGCAGACACGGAAAAGGGCAAGGCGGCGAAGUUCAUGAGGGAUGAGCUAGUACUGGCUCUGAUGGUGGACGUCGGCCGUUCCGUGACUUCAGCAACUAUCGUCCUGGAGGGCGACGAGCCAUUGGCGCACAAGACGUACCACAUUGUGGAGCGGUUCCGCAGCAAGUUUGAGCUCGCUGACGACGGUGUUUUCUCAGAGGAUAUCUCCUUGCCCACCGUCGCUGCUCUUCUCGACAAACUAGUCGGCCAAGGAGACGACCUGGACGACUUGGACACCCUCCGCCAGUACGCACACGACAGGAUCGGACGCCACUCCCAAGCGAGGGAGGCCAAGACCUUGGAGAUGUUUAAGGCCGCGAAGCUCACGGACUUCGUGUCCAUGGAAAGCAGGAAGUACUCCGAUGACACCAUUCGCAGCCUCAAGGUGCUUCCGUUUGUCAACAGCAAGAUGGUCAAGGGGCUUUUGAAGGAGAAGGAAGGCUACUACAUGGCGGCCAGUAACAACACAGACAUCGAGUACGGCCACAUGGCGUUCUGGAAGGACAAAAAGAAAAGGCUGCCUACGUGGCACGCCUUGGUGUUGGAUGUUGCUCUUUCGCCACCAUCCUCUGCGUACAUGGAACGAGUUUUUUCCAUCCUGCGGUGUUGCUUUAACGAACGGCAGCAGCACGUGUACAGCGACCGUAUUUGCGCUUCCGCACUGCUCAAGUUCAACAGGGGCCGAGCCCAUAGUAGCAGCUCAGCAGAAAAGACGGGUAGCGCCGAAGAUGCCAACAGCGGCGACGGCGGUAGCGACCAGAGCGAUGAUUGCGAUGACGAAAGCGACUGA